UGGAACUGCAUCUUUAUAAAAUCAACGCAAAGCUUGGAGAACGGAAAAGUUGAACCUUGGAGUGUGAUUUUGAACAGUUCAUUACGCAACUGUUCAAUCGAGGUUUUGGGACGAUCUAUCUACUGUAAUUUUGUCGGUGAGAAAAUGAAUAGUGAUAUUGUUAGUCUCUUGUGAAGAAUCAAGGAGAAAGUUGUAUUUUUUGAAAACCAUGACGAUGUAGAGGAGAGCUAAGAUAGAAGUCUUUAUUGUAACUGAAUCGGCGAGGGCAUCUCAGCCAUAGAAAAGAUGGAGACACAGCUGCACGGAGUUCAGAAAGCCAUUGAGCAAGCCUGUGGUGCAAUACAGAUGCACAUCCAUCCAGCAGAAGCAGAGGCCACCCUUUUAUCCUUUCGACGAUCUCCUCAGCCAUACCAAGCAUGCCAGUAUAUUCUUGAGCAUUCACAGAUGGCUGAUGCACGUUUCCAAGCUGCAGCAACAAUUCAAGAUGCAGCAUUAAGAGAGUGGGGAUUUCUUUCAAUGGAUGAGAAAAGUAGCUUGCGGAUGUAUUGCUUGCAUUAUAUUGUGGCACAUGCUGAUGCCUCAGAAGCCUAUGUUCAAGUAAAGAUUUCUUCUGUAGCAGCCAUAUUGAUGAAAAGGGGCUGGAUUGAAUUUGUUGAGGUGGAAAAAGAAGCAUUUUUUAAUGAGGUGAAAGUAGCUGUUCAAGGUGCUCAUGGGCUACCUGCUCAAAGUGCAGGGAUUACAUUCCUAGAGUCAUUGGUUUCUGAAUUUUCACCUUCAACAGCCAGUGCAAUGGGGCUUCCGACAGAGUUCCAUGAACAAUGUCGCACUAACUUGGAAUUAGUUUAUUUGCAGCAAUUUUAUUCUUGGACUCAAGAUGCUGCUUUCAGUGUAGCUCAAAGAGCAGCUCAAGGCAUUGUAACUGAAAUGAAGGUCUGUACUGCAGCUUUGCGCCUGAUGUCUCAAAUUUUGAACUGGGAUUUCAAAGGGAACACAAUUGGUGGGACUGGGGGUGUAUUGAUUAUUGGGAAAAACAGAACACACAUUUCCUCAUCGUUUUUAGGCUCAGAAGUUGCAGCUAAGAAGUCUACUGAACAGAAUGUUGUGCAGCCAGGACCAGGUUGGCGUGAUCUUUUACUAUUUCCUGAUCGUGUCAAGUGGCUUCUGGAAUUUUAUGCAACAUUGCAACCAAAUAACUCAAGGAAUGGGAGUGGGUUGGAAUCUCCUCUUGCCAUUUCUUGUCGGCAGCUGAUCAUACAAUUUUGUUGUUUGACUGGAAGUAUAUUUCCUUCAGGUGCUUUCGCAAGUAAAGAGGAAUACAUGAGUCUUCGUGAAAGUGCUGGGUUUGAAGUAGAUGAUUGUCCAAGAAUUGAAGACAGUGGACAGACACAAGAGCAACACUUGCAGCUAGUAGUUUCUGGAGUCAUGUCAUGGGUUAAUCCUGCACAUAUGGUGGUUGCAGCCAUUAAAUCUGGAAAAAGUGAAAGUGAGCUAAUUGAUGGCUGUCGAGCAUUGUUUUCAGUAGCAUCUUUAACAGCUCCUACACUUUUUGAUCAACUGCUCAAAGGCUAUUCAAGUAAUUUCAGUGCCCUAAUCCUCUUAUCCUCCCUCACUUGUGAAGUCAUAAAAGUCAAUAUGGACAAUCAUGAUGAGGAGGAAAUGUGGAGUCGAGAAGCUUUGAAUAUCUUAUUAGAUACUUGGACUGUUUUUCUGCAACCAGCAUAUUUAAGUCAGAGAGGUCCUCUUUCACAGUUAGAAGUUAAUUCAGUUGUUGCAGUAUUCAAAACAAUAGUAGAAACUGAAUUGAAAGCUGCUGUAAAAAUGGCUUAUGACGAAGGUGAUUCAACUGAAGAGUUACAGGCUUCUAUUGCAGCUAGAGAUGAGCGAUUAAGUUCAUAUGCUCUGAUUGCACGUUCUGUGCCUGGGGAAACCAUACCUUUGCUUGCAAAGCUAUUUUCUGAACGAUGUUCAUGGCUACAUCAGGGAAGGAGUGCAGGAACUGAUCUCACUUGUAUUAUGGAGGAGCUUCACUGGCUUUUGUUAAUAUCUGGACAUGUUCUUGCAGACUCAGAUGAGGGAGAGACACCACUGGUUCCAGAGACAAUAGAAGCUCAAUUGUCAGAUAUUGAUCCAGGAAAUCAUCCUGUUUUGAUUCUCUCUCGAUCUAUUAUUGAUCUGGCUGCACAAAGUUUGGAUUCAAAUUUUCGAGAAGAAAUUUUCAGUCCUCGGUUGAUGGAGGCAGUGGUGUGGUUUCUUGCAAGGUGGGUUGGAACAUAUUUGAUGCCACAUGAUGUUGGCAGGGGACCGACUUCUACACUUGGAGAGGAUGGUGAAAAGAAACAUAAAACAUUUCACGGAAGGAAAGCAUUUUUGAGUGUUAUAAGUGAUGAAAAUCAAGGAAAAGUUUUACUUGCAACUCUUGUUCGCAUUGCCAUCACCACCUUGACCUCAUGGCCUGGAGAGGGAAAUCUGCAGGAAAUUACAUGUUUUAAGUUACUAUGUUCCUUGGUUCGACGGCGAAAUAUAUGUGUCCACCUUGUCACACUGGACCCAUGGAAAGAAUUUGCAAAUGCCUUUGCAAAUGAAAGGACCCUUCUUUCCUUGCCAACUCGUCUUCAACGAUCACUUGCAGAGUCUCUUUGCCGUUCAGCAUCAGGCAUGAGCAACUCAGAUGAGACCAACCAGUAUGUGAGGGAUUUAUUGGGGCCAAGCACUAGAUAUUUGAUUGAUAUGUCAACAAAGAAUGAUCUAAAUGUCUUUGCUCAGAAGCCAGAUAUCAUAUUCCUGGUAACCUGCUUGCUAGAGCGUUUAAGAGGAGCAGCAAUAGCUACUGAACCCCGAAAUCAAAAAGCAAAUUUUGAGAUGGGUGUUUCAGUUAUGAAUCCUUUAUUGACUUUUCUAGAAGUUUAUAAAAACCAGUCUUUGGUUGUUUAUAAAUUGCUUAAAUUCAUGGUGGAUUGGGUUGAUGGUCAAGUUGCAUUUCUGGAAGCAAAGGAGACCACAAUUUUAUUCAACUUUUGUUUACAACUGCUUCAGAUUUACUCUGUUCAUAACAUUGGAAAGGUUUCACUGAGUGCAUCAAAAAACUUGCUGAGUGAAACAGAGGCAGAGAAGUACAAGGACUUGCGUGCCUUGCUUCAGCUACUCAGUUGUCUUUGCUCCAAAGAUUGGGUGGAUUUUUCUUCUGACUCUCUAGGUGAUUCCGGGAAUCUGGAUGUAGCUCAAGCAGUCUACUUGGGUUUGCACAUUAUUACGCCUCUGAUUUCUCUGGACCUUUUGAAAUAUCCCAAACUCUGUCAUCAGUAUUUUGCUCUCUUGGUCCAUAUGUUAGAGGUGUACCCAGAGAAAGUGGCAAAAUUAGCACCAGAUGCUUUUGCACAAAUUGUUGGAACUCUUGAUUUUGGUCUUCGUCAUCAGGACAUUGAAGUUGUGAGGAUGUCUUUAAUAGCAAUAAAUGCAAUUGCACUUUACCAGUACCAGGCAAUCUGCAAGGGUCAAGAAGGUCUGGGAAUUCAUGCUGUAAGCUCUCAGAAUUGUAAUGGAGCAAUAAAGGAAGGUGUUUUGGUACACUUUCUUCGUUAUCUAAUGCAAUUCCUCCUCUUUGAAGAUUACAGCACUGAACUGGUGGAGCCUUCAGCAGAUGCUCUUUUACCUUUGAUCAUGUGUGACAUGACUUUUUACCAGAGCAUGGCUCAAGAGGUAAUGAUGGGUCAGAAAAUUGCGGUAUACCAGUCUCGCCUGCGCACAGCAUUCCAUCAGCUCGUCCAUGGCAACAAUCUAACAUCUUCUCUUGACCGAGCAAACCGCCAAAAGUUCAGGAACAACCUCCAUCACUUUUUACUCGAUGUCCGUGGCUUUUUACAAACUAUCUAAAUGUAAAUGUAAAUGUAAUUUUAAAUGGAGAAUAGUUAACCUUAUGUAAUGGAAACCCUUCUCUCAAAUUUCACAUUUGUAAAUUCUUGUAUUGUGUUAUGUCGAAGCUAUGUCAAGCAUGCAUGCCCUUUAUGCUUUGCUCCAUCAUUUGCUUUUUUCAUAAUCAAGUACAACUAAGGCACUCUUUUAUUCAAAUGAACUAAUUUAUCGGAGCCAGUGAAAUACAUCACUAAAGGAAAAAUAAAUUACAUAGUUUAAGAUCUAUUUGUGUGUAUCCCUGCAUAAACUAGUAGGCAAGUGAUUCCAGUUUGAAGAAAGUUUUGUUUUGUUUUAUUUUGGAAUACAUUUUUAUCUAUAUAUAUAUUUUUUUAUAAGA